GUCUCAAUCACGUUUUUUCUUCUUCUGCUUACAAGUUGGAAACGAAGAAAGCCAUCGAAGAAAAGACGAAGAAAAAUAGAGAUUUUUUGAAACAAAUUUCGGUUUCAGAUUGAUAGGGGUUACUGCUACGAUAAACUGAACAACUUCUGCCUUCAUAUUCUCGGUAUCUCAAAAAUCUGAUUCCUUUGAAAAGCAUAAAAUCAGUUUGUUUCCAAAAUAAAAUUUGGAAUCAAAUCCAAGCUUUAAUGGACCACAACAAGGUGACCAGGAUAAGCCUGGAUAUUCACAACAAGAAACAAAAUGGGAAACUGAAAGUCUUCAAGCCAGAAUUUCCCAAUUUCUUGGUGCAGAUCCCUCAGAAGCUUCAAAAUUGUUUAAAGAUGCAUCUCAAGAAGAAUGUGAAAUCUGAGGAGGAAGCAGAUUUUCUAAGUUCUGGUGUACAGAAGGACCCAGGGUCAUAUGCUGCUUUGAACAUCAACUUGGAGAAGCAACUGCAGGCUUGGAAAGAAAAUCCAACUUGGGUUGAUCAACCUCCACAUUUAAAGGUAAGCGUACCAAAAGGUUCUCUUUGCAACCUUGAUGUAAAAUUCAAUGUUGGCUUGCCCCCAGAUGCAAUAUACAACAUUGUUAUUGAUCCGGACAAUAAAAGAGUCUUCAAAAAUAUCAAGGAAGUUAUAUCCAGGAGAGUCUUGGUUGAUGAAGGCUUAAGACAGGUGGUUGAGGUGGAACAAGCGGCUUUGUGGAAGUUUCUUUGGUGGUCGGGGACCAUUUCAGUUCAUGUUAUCGUGGAUCAGAAUAGAAAAGAUCACUCGGUGAAGUUCAAGCAAGGGAAGACGGGAUUUAUGAAAAGGUUCGAGGGCUGCUGGACAUUACAGCCCCUAUUGGUUGAUGAAAAAUCCUGCUUUCCUUUCAAGCCCAAAACUUUGGCGGAGUACAACUCAUGUACUGGAGGCAAAGGAAGAGUUGGGUCAAUUGUGAGCUUAGAGCAGUUAGUUCAGCCAUCUCUUGUUCCUCCUCCACCAAUUUCUUGGUAUUUACGAGGUAUCACUGCAAGGACCACAGAGAUGUUGAUAACCGAUCUGCAAGAAGAGGCUGCUAGAAUUAGGGGAGAUCCUGACAAGGCAAAGUGUAGUCAACAAGUAGAUUUUUCCCCAGCUGCAACUGAUCUGCAUACUGUGGAUGCACUGCGAGAUGUCAAAGAAAGAUGGGCCUGGCGAAGGAGACAUGCAAAACGUCACAAGAGCUGUCUAAGGUCGCCAUCUACUUUGUGAACAAUUUAUAUUAAUGAAUUUCUCUCCCCAGACCCUGCAUUGGCGGGAGCUUCGGGCAUUGGGCUGCCCCGGAUAGUAUUAUGUAUAUUAUCAUCCAUGGAGUAUGGGGAUUCGUGUAGGAGACUCCCAAAUAUUUGGGGUUAAGCUUGAGCUGAGAUGAAUUAUCUUUGGAGAAUAGGUCAAAGAAUAUGGUGAAAGUUAGACCAUUCCAUGAUAAGGUUGUGUUUAUGUUGAAAUUGCUACUUGGUGAUUUUACGGCAUCUUUUCCAUGUGGCAAGUGUUCCACUUUAACCUUA